AAUACCAAGAAGCAGUUGGGGGGAGGGUUGUACUUUCAGCCAAUAAAUCAAUCUGAACUGCUCGUUCAAAGAAUAAAGACUUUUUUUUUUUUUUUUGCAAAAUACAUGUCAUUUCUUUACCAAAAAUGGAUCACACGGUAUUGAUUGUCCGAGACGAACUGCUAUAUCUUCAAAUGCUGACAAGAAGAAGAAAAACUGUUUUAGGAUUGUAAUGCGCUUGGAAGAGAGAACACUGAAAACAGCCAAUCGGAAGGGAGGUGGGCAGAGUCUACUGUACACAUAUGUAGCUCUACCUGCGGCGGCGUCGGACUAAAGAAGAUAAUUCAGCAGAGGUGGAGUACCAAUUCUUGAGAAUUCAAAACCUCCUGAGUCAUGCUUUUACUUGGAAUUUUGAUGCUACUUUCAUUGCAAGCACUGCCUGUGAAAACUGAUUUUCAAGAUGAAACCAUCACAGAGCUUUCUGUGAACCUGUACCACCAGCUGCAGUCUGCGGGAAAUGAAGAAAAUAUUAUCUAUUCCCCGCUAAGCAUUGCGGUGGCAGUGGGGAUGGUUGAGCUUGGGGCCCGGGGUUCAACUUUAAAAGAAAUAAGACAAGUAAUGGGCUAUGGCAACCUGAAGGGCGGGGAUGAGUUCCUUUUGCUGAGGAAUCUCACUCAGUCCUUGGUGGUAGAUGAAAGUCAGUAUGUGGUUAAACUGGCCAACUCGCUCUUUCUACAAAACGGUGUCCACUUCAAUGAAAACUUUGUGCACAUGAUGAAGAAAUACUUCCAUGCAGAAAUUGAAACUGUGGACUUCAGUCAGUGUGCUGCUGUGGCUGAUCAUAUAAACAAGUGGGUGGAAAAUCAAACAGAGAACAAAAUCCACAAUCUUUUAUCGGCCAGUGACUUCAGCAGCGUCUCUCGGCUGGCCCUUAUCAAUGCCGUCUAUUUUCGAGGAAACUGGAAGAACCAGUUCCGCCCAGAGCACACACGCACCUUCUCCUUCACUAAAGAUGAUGGGAACGAAGUGCAGACUCUCAUGAUGUACCAACAGGGAGAUUUUUACUAUGGUGAGUUCAGUGAUGGUACUUCAGAAGCUGGAGGGGUUUAUCAAGUGUUGGAGAUGCCAUAUGAAGGAGAGGAGAUGAGUAUGAUGAUAGUUCUACCCAGGCAAGAAGUGCCUUUAGCCACACUAGAGCCCUUAAUUAAAGCCCAACUCAUUGAGGAAUGGGCAAGUGCUGUGAAAAAGCAAAAGGUGGAGGUGUACUUACCAAGGUUCAAAAUAGAACAGAAGAUUGAUUUAAAAGAAAGUUUGCAGGAUCUUGGUGUAAAGAAAAUGUUUACAAAAGAGGCAGAUCUUUCUGCUAUGACUGAUGGAAAGGAUCUCUUCAUUGGAAAAGCAGUUCAAAAGGCUUAUCUCGAAGUAACUGAAGAGGGGGCAGAAGCUGCAGCUGCUUCAGGGAUGAUUGCACUUACAAGGACAUUAAUACUAUACCCACAAGUAAUGGCAGACCACCCAUUCCUCUUUAUCAUAAGAAACAGAAAGACAGGCACCAUCCUUUUCAUGGGAAGGGUUAUGAGCCCUGAGCUGAUUGCUGGAAAUGUUCACGACUUUGACUCUCUGUAAUUGACCUGAUCGUGUCAAAGUGUGGCAAUCGGUUUGUAAGUCACUACUCCGUUGUUACUGUGUGUUUAUAACAUCAUUUAAGAUAUAACAUCAUAUAAGGUAUUUUAAUACUACAGCUUUAGCCAUUAAGAGCAGUUAUCAUACUGCAUUGCUGCUGAAUACAUAGAAGAAGAAAUAGAAUGCUUUUUUCUUCUUUCCCCCCCAUAGAAAAGAUACUUAAAGGGUCCUUAUGCUCUGCUUUGGUAUAACAAGUGUGUGUUUGAACAUAUAAAAUCAUAACAUAUUUACUGUUAGCUAUUGUAUCCUGUAUUAAAAAAAGAGCAGUAGAUAUUUAUUGCCAAGCACUGUGUGCAGUAUUGUAAUUAGAUGAGAAAUAAAGAAUUUUAGCAGAAAUAUGUUAACCGGUUAAGUAAUAUUGUAUACUUAUGAUUUUGUUUAUGUGCACAGAAGCUGAAAUGUCAUUAAUUAUUUAAACAUCUGAGCUGCAUAUUUUUAACAUAGAAAUGGUUAGACUGGUUACAAUGUACAGAACAGAAUGCAAAUGUGUACAGAUAUUUAAAAAAAAUAAAAUGUUCUGAGAUUCAUGGAAUCUUAUUUAUAUUCACUUAAUUUGUUAUUACAGAGGCUUAAAAAAAUCUAAGAGAUACUACUUUUUUUUUUUCUAAACAAACACAGACAGAACAUUAUCUUGGCAGGUAUGUGCACACCAAAACCAGAUACAGUAGCAUUUCAUUCUAUGGUAUGUAAAACGGCUGCUGAAUCUUUAGAAGAAUAUAUCAAUGUAGAUGGAUCCCAGCAAGAACGAAAUUCAAUUACGAUACGUUUCACAUAAAUAAUACAUCACUCAACAACUGAGCGAGGCUCCCUGCAAUAUCUGCAUUUACUGUACAGCUGGUUUUACAGGACCACAUUAGUGUCCAAUAUAGUAAGGUAUCUUUUUGCAUCAGUAAAAGCAUUAUGCUUUAUGAAUUGUGUGCAACAUAUCUUGAUGGCAUCAGAGCUUAGACACAGCUGCUUGUGAAAGUGUGCACAGUUGUAUUUCCAACUAUUAAAUUCCAUCCAUAACCAUCUGGCUUUGUGCAGAUUUUUAACAAAAUGUUACCUUUUUCUUUAUUCCUUUACUGCCAAAGCUGUCAUUUCUCUCUUCAACUCUGUAUGUUAAAA